AUGCCGCGACCGCUAGUAGGAGUGGGCCACAGCUUCGGAGGUACCAUCAUUACAAAUUUGGCACUGAUGCACCCCCGUCUACUAACCUCGGUUAUUCUCUUCGAUCCGGUAAUUCAACGACUACCACCCAAGAUGGGCUUUGGUGCGGACCCGCCCGGUCCUGUCAACUUCGCCCUGUGGCGUGACGACGUCUGGCCAAACCGGGCGGCAGCAGCAGCAGCUUACAAGAAAGUCUUUAAGAAGUGGGACCCUCGGUGUCUCGAAUUAAUGGUACAGUAUGGGUUCCGGGAUCUGCCCACGGCCCUGCAUCCCGACUUGGGCGACAAUGUAGACGCUGCCAACCCGCCGGUCACGCUGACCACGACCAAGUAUCAUGAUGUGCUGGGUCAGAUUAGGGAAAGGUUCCAUGCUCGAACGUCUGAUGGCCAGGCACAGUUGGAUCGCUCAACCCAUGCGGAUGUGGACCCUUCUGUUGCUGUCCUUCCGGUGUACCGCCCCGAACCGCCCAGCACAUUCAACAAACUGCCAUCGCUGCGACCGUCAACACUCUUCUUGCUCGGAGAAGCGAGUUACUUGAACCUCGAUGAUCUUCGAGAAGGAAUCAAGAGCUGUGGUCAAGGGGUUGGGGGAAGCGGGGGAAGAGACAAGGUCAAGGAGAUCAUUCUACCCAAGCAAGGCCACUUCUUCGCCUUUGAAGCGGUCGGAGAGACGGCCAGCCAUUGUGCCAGCUGGUUAGAUAAGGUUAUGCGCGAAUACCGAGUCGCUGAGCGGGAGUGGAAGGAAAAGAGACAAAAAAUGGCCAAACGGGACCAUUUGGUGCUGAGUGAGGAGUGGCGCAGGGUGAUCAAGCCUCCCAGUUCAUUCCGCGCAGCCAAGUCACGGAAAACCAAACUAUGA